AUGCCUUCUCUUCACCAUGGAACAAUCCUCAUUGGGGUGUUCCUCAUCGUCACCGGGGGCUCUACGGCCUUCCUGACCUCGUCCCAGAGUCGUAUGCAAGCCUUUUCCCUCUGCUGCGUGAUUUUGGGUGCGUUGAUGCUCAUACUGGGGUUAUUCUGGGCCAUGAACCGUAAAAGCUCCGUGAACUACACCGCCGACUACAACGGAGAGUUUCCACACUUCCAUAACGACUCUGCCCAGAGCAGUCACGUUCUUUUCACGUCCCCGGGACACCGCCUUCCGGAGUCCCAGUCGGCAUACGUGCACAGGACUCUGGAGUGUCAGAGGCAUGGCCCAUACUGCAGGGACCUUGACCGCCCCCCCGUGGAUCCAGGGUGUUUCAGCCCAGCCCCUCACCCCCCUCCCUGGCUAGGACCUCCCCCUCCCUAUGAAGUAGCCAUCAAGACCACCUGCAGCUCCACACACCUGCGACGAGCCUACUCAGACUCUCACCUGGCAUCCGAACCACUGUUCGGGCGAUCGCGAGAGAUCAGUUUUGAGGUGUGACACUGUUUGUGACAAAACCACCCCCCCACACCCCGCCCCGCCCCCCACACCCCGCUCAACAGUUCCUCUCCACCUAUGAGACUGCAGGAGGGAUGCUGUGCCGUGUUGACACCGUGGGUUUGAAUAUGGGCCACUUGAACUGAAACUGACCUUUGAGUUGUUCUGAGUUGACCUUUAGAUUCUCAAAUGGUCACACACAAGUAUUCCUUCACCUCAUCUUUUAACCAUCACAUACACACAGACACACAGCUAACUCAAUGUGUUUGUUGAUUUGUGUGUGUGUGUGUGUGUGUGAGUUCAUGUUAGGGAUCUUCUUUCCACGUCUGACCCCAGCUCGGCUAUGCAUGGUUCACAAACACUUUUGAUUGGAUGAUUUGCCCAUGUUCUGUUCUGUCAUGUUUUCAAUUAAUAAAGGAGAUAUGAUGAUGCUAUGUUUCAUACCUAUAAGAUAAUUGUUAUAAUGGUUUGUGCUCUUGAAAAGGACUUGAGAACCCGGCAGGUCGUGUGGGUCAUCCCCUACUCCAUUCACUAUAGCGCUUGGAACCAACAACCUUGAGUGCCUUCUAUUUUCAGAUUAGUGUGGUAAUAUUAUUCCAGAAUGUCCUCGACACACUUCUUGGCCUUUACUUCCAAGUCAAUCAUCAAGUUUAAAUAAACUGAUAAGAGGGGGUUCAGAUCCGUCAUCCACAUAUAAUAUAAUACAAGUUUCGCCUUUCAAAAUAUUUCCACGAUAAAACAUUCCAAGAAUAUAAAAACUUUAAAGAAGAAAGAAACUAAUAUCUUAACGGAUUUGAUAAGUCGUAUUGGCCGCGUCGAGUAACUGGUAAUAGCCUGUGCAGAAGCCAGAGCUCUAUGGACGCUAUAUCAUUUUGUUAACAAACAUUCAGUUUAAGUUAAAACUUGUCUUGCGACAGACAACUACACAUCCAAACAUUUAUAUAGUGAUCGACAACGGCAUUGUUCCACUAGUUUCGCUAUCCUGUUGCUCCGCAGUCCUCACUCGUUAGGCUAGCACAUUUCUAAACGAUUGUCCUGAAGGCUAAACCUGAUAGCAUUGUCAAGACAUCCUACACAGACAAGCAAAGAGAUACAAUAUGAGUAAUUGUCAAAAAUAAUGAAUUUCCUGUGUAUUGUUUGUCAAUCUCAAGAGAACAAUAUAAGUCAAACAAAACAAUUGCGGCUUCUAGUGAGGGCAGGCAUCAAGCCGCACAAUGAUUGGUUGAAAAGAGGUGACAGUCCUUUGAUUAGAAGGUGCCCCAAAAUGCAGAUCUGGGAUCAGGUUUCACCAUCACCAGUCGCAUGUGUUGAAAAAAUUAACUGAUCCUGAAUCCGCAUCCAGGAAAUUCAGAAAAGUAAAACAUCGUAUUUGUGAAAUGACAGAAUUAUCGUACACUUGAGAAGACUGUUGAGCAUUAUUGAUCACACAUUGUAAAGGGCAACAUUUGAAGUAGCCCACUUAACAUCUGGCAACACUAUUCGUCACCAAAAAAACGUUUUCUAAACUGACUUCCUCUGACCGCGUGCAAUCCGCAGUGAGCAGCGUACCCCGAGAGCGUGCCCAGCCCACGAAUACAUACCGUUUUU